AUGUCGGGGUCUGAAAACAGGAAGUCCGGUAGACCAACAACACGCCAUGACUAUGGUGGUAAGGUCAACGAGAUAGGAUUCGGAGAUGAUGACACUGGAAAUCCUUCCAAAAAUUCAGACAGCGAAGAUGGCGCUUCCGCCGUUUUCAGCCCAGUGAGAAAUAAGAAGGAUGAGACUUUGGCUCUUCUGCAAAGCCAGUUACAAUCGUUGGAUCAAGAAGAGGAGGAGUUGAGGAAGGAUGCAGAAAUUACAAAAUUGCAGAAAAGGAUCGAGCAGAAGAAAAAGUCAGUAGCAGAUUUACGAGAGUCGGACAGUAGUUCCGAAGCUUCGGGGUCUGAAUCAAAUAAACCAGAUUCUGAAAAAGUGAGUAAAGAAAAGAAGCCUAAGAAAAAUAAAAAGAAAAGUAAGAAAAGCUCUGGCAAAUAUCAAAAUUAUGAAGAUGAUUCUAGUAGUGACGAAACAUCAAGCUCUGAUAGCUCUAGUUCUAAAGAGUCCAAAAGAAAACAUAAAAAACAUAAAAAUAAAUCUGGCAUUUCGGCAAAGUCGUCAGAUCAUGUAAAAUACAGACAACAAGAUAUCACAGAGUGA